GGAGGCGGGAUAAAAAUAUUUAUAUAAUUUUUAUACUCUAGAGAAUGAAGCCUACAAUCAAACAAAUACCCUUAUAAUAUUUUGACUUUUUCGUUCAUUUAUGUGCUGUAAAUUUGAUCAGUUGUCAAAGGAUCAACAUCGGUUCAGCGAUCUACCAAGAUGAAGCUUUUAACACACAAUAUGCUAACCUCAAACAUAAUCAAGGGAGUCUCAAAAGGAUUUCCUUUAAAAAUCGUCGCAUCAAAGGUGGAAGAGAAGGAGGUUGACUUUGUUCCAGAGUUCACAGCCAGAAUGAUUCCUAAAAUUGAUUGGCCAGCAUUAAGACAAGCAGCUGCAGAUCUUGGAAAGCCAGACAACCUACCAGAGAAUGUAGUGGAAAAAUAUGAGGAAAACGAAGAGUUCUUGAAGAAAACCCACCAUGUACUAAUGGAGUUGGAGGUUUUGGAAGGUGAGCUUGUUUGUCCAGAGACGGGGAGGAAGUUCCCUGUAUCCAACGGCAUCCCGAAUAUGCUGUUACGGGAGGACGAAGUGUGACAUGGUUGUUUUGACUGUGUCUUGAUAAAGGGAUUGGUUUCACCUUGCUAGGGAGCUGUGCUCUUCUUUCUUAUGUGGUGAUGUACAAUGAUAAACAGACACUCUGCUGGAAUUAGCAGUUAGGAUUGACAUAGACAAAGUUAAAAAAAGAUCUUGAAAAAAAAAAAAGCCUCAGUGAACUUGUUCUAACCACAUGUGGUUGAAAUUAGCUUAAACCCAAAAGCUCAUUCAACACUAGUGUUGCUAAUCUGGUGCAUUCAGGAUUGGAAUUUUAAAUGUGCCAAACAUAAACAGAAGAAUUAUUAUUUUUAGUAUUGAAAGAGUUUUAUGCUUUUCUGUGUUAAAGAAGCAAACAAUUAAAAUAAGUUACUUAGUGUUCAACAUCUAUUGGCAGUGUCAUUGUUACGUUGCAGUUAUUGCAGGUACAUUUACACAAUUUGAGUCAGAUAGCAAAACAAAUGAAUCCGAUAUUUGUUCACGCUGCUGCACAUGUUUGUAUUUUUUUGGAACUUUUGGACAAAAUGUUUGUUCUUUUGAAGAAUUCAUUGAUAUACACAGGUGUAUUCUUUUUAAGAACCUGACUUACUGUUAUAACUAUUGUUGGACCUGAUUUUAAUGAUUUUGAAAAGAUUGUUAUGAUGAAUACUAUUAAAAGGUUUAUUAGUUGUGUUCAACAUGUGCAUAUACUUAUGUUAAUUUCAUUACAGUUUUAUUUCAUGCUUUUUAGUGUUCUCAUAUACUUAUGUUAAUUUCAUUACAGUUUUAUUUCAUGCUUUUUAGUGUUCUGUUUAAAACUAUUAAAUGGUGGUUUAUAACAUGAUAAAAUCACUGUUACUGUGAAAUUAUCAAAAUAUAAGUUCCUGGUUUCUGAACUUUAGCCUGUUUUACUGUGAAAAAUGAAUGUAAACACACAGUCCUGGGAACAAUACCCAGUAUCAUAAUUUUGGUUAUGACAUCUUCAGUGUAAAAUUUGUUGCUUUUUUUUCAAAUAUGUGUCAAUUAAACAUUUAUCUAAAUGAUGAACAAGCAUGAAAUAAAAAGGUAUAAUUGCUCAUUUAGUUUCUGUGUAUGGUUGAAAUAUAUUUUACCUUGUAAACAGAACUAAACAUUUGGUGCCCACACACUGAAAGUCUUAUUAGAAUUGGGAUAAAAAUUACCCUCAUUCAUUUCACACAUUAACAGUUUCAUCUACUUGUAUUUGUAUAUUAUACAAUAAAAGAUGGUUAAACAUGCAUAUAUGUUAUCAACAAACAAAUAAAAGUAUUAAUUCAAAUGAAUGAACUUUCUUUAAUUCUUAUGAAAUUUCUUUAUAUGUCGUUGUGCAAAAAAUCAAUACCAUUACUCUGGUUGAAAUUAAAAC